AGCAGCUGGCCUUGAGUGCUGCGCAGUCCCAGGUCAGCAGCAGGUCUUCCUGGAAGAACGCGUUGCCUCUGAGCACCUGCAGAGCGCUUUUGCCUUUGGGAACUGCCACGGACUUAUGACGGCUGCUGCAAACUUGAGCGCGCUUCCGAGGGCGCUGCUUCCUGGGCUGGCUUGCUCAUUCACUCGCCCUACUCGGGAGUGACUGACUCCAAGGGGCUGCUAAAGGCCAGCUGGGCUUCCUCCAGUAGAGGUCGUCAGGACUGCCGGCUGAGUCGAUACCCAGCCUGGGAGGAUUCUGCUAUAAGCAGCGUCCUCAAACAAAGAUGUCUCUUGAAACAAAGUCAAGUCAAGUCAAAUUUUAUUUACGGUCUUAGACCAAAACAAGAGUCUCCCCUCCCGGGGCGGGUCUCGAACCUGGCGUCUCUGGGCGCCCCGCUAUCGUCAGCUGCUCGCGACCCAGAAAAGCAGCGCGACAGGACCGCCUGAUGACGCUAGACUCCAUUUCCCAUCACGCAGCAGUUGCGCCUGGAAAGCAGCUCUUUGUUGACGUCACGACCCUGCGUUUCCAUGGGAAUCGUAGUCCCCUCUCUGCCGGAGCUUGUUAAGGGGAUCGGUGCGGUUGGGAAGGCGGAGACUACAACUCCCAUGAGGCCCUUCCCUGAGGCUCUGCGUGGCGUACGUCGUCCUCAUAGCGGGAGGCAACCUGGGCUCCGCCAUCUUGGUUUCCCAGGUGACUGGACAGGCCGGCUGGCAGUAGCCGGGCCGAGGGAGACGGAGAUGCUGGCCUGCUUAGUGAGCAGGCCGCUGCCGCCCGGCUUUACGCGCCUCCUCCGGGCUAGGACUAGACACCCGCCGCUGAUACGCGGAGCCUCGGCGCGGGAGGCCGACACGAGCAACGCCGCGGUCUUUGGCGCCGGGCCCGCGAAGCUGCAGUACCGGGAAGAGUCCACCAGGGGUCGCCGCGAGCCAGGCCUGCAUAUCCAGACCGUGGAGGACAGAGCCACCAAGCUGCAGCGACGGCACGUGGCCGCCAGAGGGCGCUGCCAGGAUGAGCUCUUGUCGCAGUUCAAGGCGGUGGCCAGUAGGGGGCGCACCUUGAAGGAGCUGGACACGGCCGGCAGCAGCAAGGGGGGCAAAGCCUCUCCCACCUCCGGGGUUGCCCUGGGGAGCAAGCGGUUGCCCUUGCUGGUGAUGGCCCCUGAAGGAAGCUGGCUGCCCAAACUGCCCCGCCCGGAAGAAGAGCUCGACCAGGACCCCAAGGUGCACCUACCGAAAGAGCCCAGCAGGCUGCGUCUUUGGCCCAACCCGGAGCACGCGGGCCGCCAUCGGAACCGAGAGAACCGGAACCGGCGGGUCAGGACCCCCAACUUUGCUGCCGCGGCUGUUGCAGCUGCCGGGCUGGCAUUUUGCUACAGCAAGGGCCACUUGUCGAAAGAGGACUCGCUGCUAGAAGCUGCAAGGAUCAACAAUGUUUCCGAAGCGGACAGGUUGCUACAGGAGGGGACCAGUGUGAACGCCCGACACAAGCUUGGCUGGACGGCUCUGAUGGUUGCGGCUAUAAACCGGAAUUCCAGUGUGGUAAAGAUCCUGCUCACAGCUGGUGCUGACCCAAACCUGGGCGAUGAGUUCAGCAGCGUCUAUGAAACCGCCAAAGAGAAAGGGCUCCAUUCCCUAGAAGUUCUGGUCACUCGGGAGGACGACUUCAACAGCCGCUUGAACAACCGGGCCAGUUUCAAGGGCUGCACAGCUCUGCAUUACGCGGUGCUUGCGGAUGAUUACCCUUCGGUCAAGUUGCUUCUCGAUGGAGGUGCCAACCCCCUGCAGAGAAAUGAAAUGGGACACACCCCCAUGGAUUACGCCCGCGAGGGAGAGGUCAUGAAGCUCCUGAAAACGUCCGCAACCAAGUUCCAGGAAGAGAAGCACAAGAGAGAAAUAGAGGAACGGCGAAGGUUUCCUCUGGAGCAGAGGCUCCGAGAGCACAUCAUUGGCCAGGAGAAUGCCAUAGCAACUGUUGGAGCUGCCAUCCGAAGAAAGGAAAAUGGCUGGUAUGACGAGGAGCAUCCGCUGGUCUUCCUCUUCUUGGGAUCCUCCGGAAUUGGUAAGACGGAGUUGGCCAAGCAGACCGCCAAGUACCUGCACAACGACGUCAAGAAGGGUUUCAUCCGGCUGGACAUGUCAGAGUUUCAGGAGAGGCAUGAGGUGGCCAAGUUCAUCGGCUCUCCACCAGGCUACGUCGGCCACGAGGAAGGUGGGCAGCUCACCAAGAAACUAAAGCAGUGCCCAAACGCCGUGGUCCUCUUUGACGAGGUGGAUAAGGCCCACCCGGACGUCCUCACUAUCAUGCUGCAGCUGUUUGAUGAGGGCAGGCUGACAGAUGGGAAAGGAAAGACCAUAGACUGCAAGGAUGCCAUCUUCAUCAUGACCUCCAAUGUCGCCAGUGACGAGAUUGCCCAGCAUGCCUUGCAGCUGAGGCAGGAGACUAUGGAACUCAGCCGGAAGAGGAUUGCCGAAAAGCUGGAUGAUGUCCAGAUGACAGACAAGAUAACCAUCUCCAAGCAGUUCAAGGAGAAUGUCAUCCGCCCCAUCUUGAAGGCUCACUUCCGAAGAGACGAGUUUCUUGGGAGGAUCAACGAAAUUGUCUACUUCCUCCCCUUCUGUCACUCGGAGCUCAUCCAGCUCGUCAACAAGGAGCUGAGCUUCUGGGCUAAGAGGGCCAAGGCGAGGCACAACAUCACUUUGGUGUGGGACCGGGAGGUCAUGGACGUGCUGGUGGAUGGCUACAACCUGCACUACGGGGCCCGCUCCAUCAAGCACGAGGUAGAGCGUCGGGUUGUGAACCAGCUGGCUGCCGCCUAUGAGCAGGACCUCCUGCCGCGCGGCUGUACCUUGCGGAUCGCGGUGGACGACUCGGACAAGCAGCUCCUGAAGGCCACGGACAGCCCCUCGCACAAGGAGGAGCAGCGGAAGGGGCCGACGCUGCGGCUGGAGAUCGUUGAGAAGGACAGCAAGAGCCGGAAGCUGGACAUCCAAGCCCCGCUGGCCCCCGACGAGAUGGCCUAUUCCUUAUAGAUGCGGCGGGGGCGGGGGGGGCGUUCUCCACCCCAGAUGCCCCCGCUGGGUAUCAGAUUGCGAGGUCACUAAUAAAGCAGUCGUGACGUAUGGCUGAGUGAGUCAAUCAUGUGGGGAGCCCACCUGUCUCUGGAGGUUGGAGCUCAGGGUACGAUGAGAGAGAGGUCCUGGUGGUUCAUGUGGCUGGUACAGCCCGGUGGAGCUGUGUGGGAGGGCCGGUGGCAUGUGCUCAGGGCAAGCCAAAGUGCAUGUCACCUGAGCUGCUCUGCCUCCCUCCCAGGCAAGACUGCAGAAGGCACUGGGGUGGAGGUAUUGCUCAAGAACAGCCAUUUCCUGAUGCUGCCCUAGGUUAUGGGUUGGUCUGUGAAGGUGUGAGAAGUUCUCUCUGUCUCCAGCCACCUGGGCGCCAAUCCAGGUCUUUAAUUUAAUGCAAUAAAUGCAAAGUGUACAUCAA